AGCGGCCCCAGGACCACCGAGCUGAUGGCGUCUUCGACACCUUCUUCGUCCGCAACCUCCUCGAACGCGGGAGCGGACCCCAACACCACCAACCUGCGCCCCACAACGUAUGACACCUGGUGCGGCGUGGCCCACGGAUGCACCCGAAAACUGGGGCUGAAGAUCUGCGGCUUUUUGCAAAGGACCAACAGCCUGGAAGAGAAGAGCCGCCUCGUGAGCGCCUUCCGGGAGAGGCAGUCCUCCAAGAAUCUGCUCUCCUGCGAGAACAGCGACAGGGAGGCCCGCUUCCGGCGCACCGAGACCGACUUCUCCAACUUGUUCGCUCGAGAUCUGCUUCCAGCUAAGAACGGGGAGGAGCAGACCGUGCAGUUCCUGCUGGAGGUAGUAGACAUCCUGCUCAACUAUGUCCGCAAGACGUUUGAUCGUUCCACCAAGGUGCUGGACUUCCAUCACCCACACCAGUUGCUGGAAGGCAUGGAGGGCUUCAACCUGGAGCUCUCCGACCAUCCCGAGUCCCUGGAGCAGAUCCUGGUUGACUGCAGAGACACCCUGAAGUAUGGCGUCCGCACAGGUCAUCCUCGAUUUUUCAACCAGCUCUCCACUGGAUUGGAUAUCAUUGGCUUAGCCGGCGAAUGGCUGACAUCAACUGCCAACACUAAUAUGUUUACCUAUGAAAUUGCACCAGUGUUUGUCCUCAUGGAGCAGAUAACACUGAAGAAGAUGAGAGAGAUAGUUGGCUGGUCGAGUAAAGAUGGUGAUGGGAUAUUUUCUCCUGGGGGAGCCAUUUCCAACCUGUACAGCAUCAUGGCUGCCCGCUACAAGUACUUUCCGGAAGUUAAGACAAAGGGCAUGGCCGCCGUGCCCAAACUGGUCCUCUUCACCUCAGAACAUAGUCACUAUUCCAUCAAGAAAGCUGGGGCUGCGCUUGGCUUUGGAACCGACAAUGUGAUUUUGAUAAAGUGCAAUGAAAGGGGGAAGAUAAUCCCGGCUGAUUUAGAGGCAAAAAUUCUUGAAUCCAAGCAAAAGGGGUAUGUUCCUCUUUAUGUCAACGCGACGGCCGGCACGACUGUUUAUGGAGCUUUUGACCCGAUACAGGAGAUUGCAGAUCUGUGUGAGAAGUACAACCUCUGGCUGCACGUCGACGCCGCCUGGGGCGGGGGGCUGCUCAUGUCGAGGAAGCACCGCCAUAAACUCAGCGGCAUCGAAAGGGCCAACUCGGUCACCUGGAACCCUCACAAGAUGAUGGGCGUGCUGUUGCAGUGCUCGGCCAUUCUCGUCCGGGAGAAGGGGAUACUCCAAGGAUGCAACCAGAUGUGUGCAGGAUACCUCUUCCAGCCAGACAAGCAGUACGAUGUCUCCUACGACACCGGGGACAAGGCAAUUCAGUGUGGCCGCCACGUGGACAUCUUCAAGUUCUGGCUGAUGUGGAAAGCAAAGGGCACAGUGGGAUUUGAAAAUCAGAUUAACAAAUGCCUGGAACUGGCUGAGUACCUCUAUGCCAAGAUUAAAAACAGAGAAGAGUUUGAGAUGGUGUUCGAUGGCGAGCCUGAACACACCAACGUCUGUUUCUGGUAUAUUCCACCGAGCCUCAGGGGCGUUCCCGACAGCCCUGAGCGGCGGGAGAAACUCCACAGGGUGGCUCCCAAAAUCAAAGCUCUGAUGAUGGAGUCGGGCACCACCAUGGUUGGCUACCAGCCUCAGGGGGACAAGGCCAACUUCUUCCGGAUGGUCAUUUCGAACCCAGCUGCUACCCAGUCUGACAUCGACUUCCUCAUUGAGGAGAUAGAAAGACUGGGUCAGGAUCUGUAA